CAGAGAGGCAGGAACAGUGCACGGAGCCACUUCAACAACCCAAAACUCCUCAGCAAGUUUUAACUCCGGAUUUUGCUUGUAUUGCAUUCCAAUAACUAGAUGCGUUUGGGAAGCUGGAGUAUUUACUCGAGUCAAAAUUGCAGACAUCCAAGCCCUGAUGUUGAAAUUCUUAUGGAGCCCAGUGUGGGAAUGUGAAAUUCUGAUCUUUACUGAAAAACCUGAGAGAAAUCAGAAAACAGAAGAUGAUUUUAAAAACUAAACAUUACAGCAAGAACUUGCAUGAAUACAACUAAGGAAGAUAAAAGAGCAAAUACAUUUUUUAAAAAAUCUAUCCAGAUGCACACAGUAAAGGAGUAAAGCGAGUUGGGAGAGACCAUUGCCAGGCAUGCCAUGGCUCCAGUAAAGAGCAAUCGGGUCUGGAUACUUAUAGUUGGCAUUCAAGGUCUCUUUGAGCUGGUUGGAGGAGCUUGGAGCACUAAGUUAUCUGCUUCAGUAGAACAUCUAGACUGUCAGCGAGCAGAGCAUCCUGUUGUAACUCACAGAGACAUUGUGCCUUGGCUGCACAUAUUUAAAGCUGCAAAUGUAACGGACUACUCACAGCUGACCUUUGACCCUUCUCAAAAAGAGCUCAUCGUUGGAGCAAAGAACUACCUCUUUAGACUAAAACAGGAGGAUCUGACUUUAAUCCAGAAAGUGGAAUGGUCUUCGGAUGAGAUGACAAAACGAAGCUGCUUCAGCAAAGGCAAAACUGAGGAGGAAUGUCAAAAUUACAUUCGGGUCCUCCUUAUCAACAGAAACACCAUCUUCACCUGUGGAACGAAUGCAUUUACUCCCAUAUGUACUAAUCGGACGCUAACAAACCUGACAGAAGUCCACGAUCGCAUCAGUGGGAUGGCUCGGUGUCCAUACAAUCCACAGCACAAUUCCACUGCUCUGAUUACAUCUACUGGAGAACUUUAUGCUGCCACUGCCAUGGACUUCCCAGGGAGAGACCCUGCCAUCUACCGCAGUCUGGGAGGGCUUCCUCCACUACGUACUGCUCAGUACAACUCAAAGUGGCUAAAUGAACCAAAUUUUGUGUCAUCCUAUGAUAUUGGAAACUUCACCUAUUUCUUUUUUCGGGAAAAUGCAGUGGAACAUGACUGUGGCAAAACUAUUUUCUCCAGAGUAGCCAGAGUAUGCAAAAAUGACAUUGGAGGAAGAUUUCUCCUGGAGGACACCUGGACAACUUUCAUGAAAGCCCGACUAAACUGUUCUCGACCUGGUGAAAUUCCAUUUUAUUACAAUGAGCUCUUAAGAACGUUCUUCUUACCUGAGCAAGACAUGCUUUAUGGAAUCUUCACGACGAAUGUGAACAGUAUUGCAGCUUCAGCUGUCUGCAUGUUUAAUCUGAGUGCCAUUACUCAAGUUUUUGCGGGGCCAUUCAAAUUCCAAGAGAAUUCCCGUUCGGCCUGGCUACCAUUUACAAAUCCUAACCCUAAUUUUCAGUGUGGUACUAUCGAUUAUGGUCCUUACAUGAAUCUCACAGAGAGGAACCUCCAGGAUGCUCAAAGAUUUAUUCUUAUGCAUGAAGUGGUGCAGCCGAUAUUUCCAAUCCCUUUCUUCAUGGAGGACAAUAGUCGAUUUUCCCACAUAGCAGUGGAUGUUGUGCAGGGAAAGGAUAUGCUCUUUCAUGUUAUGUACUUGGCUACAGACUAUGGGACCAUUAAGAAAGUUCUUGUACCUGUGAACCAAAGCGGGAGUGGCUGUUUGUUGGAAGAAAUAGAACUUUUUCCAGCUGAUCAGCGAGAACCCAUAAGGAACCUCCAGAUACUACACAGUCAAAGUGUUCUGUUUGUUGGCCUUCGGGAACAUGUGAUAAGAUUCCCUCUCAAACGCUGUACCUUUUACAGAAGUCAAAGUUCAUGUGUGGGAGCUCGAGACCCUUACUGUGGCUGGGACUUGGUCCUAAAGAAAUGUACAACAUUAGAAGAGAGUAUGAGUAUGACCCAGUGGGAGCAAAACAUCAGCUUGUGCCCAAUAAGAAACAUGACAAUGGAUGGUGCUUUUGGAUCUUGGUCACCAUGGAGACACUGCAGCCAUACUGAUGGCAACACCAUUGGUUUAUGCAUCUGUAGAACCCGCUCAUGCGAUAGUCCAGCUCCACAGUGUGGAGGGCGACAGUGUGAGGGUCCCAGCAUGGAGGUUGCAAAUUGUUCCAGAAAUGGUGGUUGGACUCCUUGGACACUGUGGUCUCCUUGCAGUACAAGUUGUGGGAUUGGAUUUCAGGUCCGACAGCGGUCUUGUAGCAACCCAACUCCUCGACAUGGAGGGCGCGUCUGUGUUGGACAAAAUCGUGAAGAGCGGUACUGCAAUGAGCAUCUUCAAUGUCCUCCACACACAUUCUGGACUCCUUGGGGUCCAUGGGAACGUUGCACUGCACAAUGUGGGGGAGGGGUUCAGGCUCGGAGAAGAACAUGUCAGAAUGGUGAUGACUGUCCAGGUUGUAACAGGGAAUAUCAACUUUGUAAUACCAACCUAUGUCCAGAACUGAAGAAGACCACUCCAUGGACCCCUUGGACACCUGUUAACAUUUCGGACAAUGGAGGUCAUUACGAGCAGAGAUUUAGGUACACGUGCAAGGCACGCUUGGCUGACCCAAACUUGUUAGAUGUUGGCCGUCAAAGGAUAGAGAUGCGCUACUGUUCCAGUGAUGGAUCGACAGGCUGUUCUGCAGGUGGGUUUUCUGGAAGCAUCUUACGGUACGGGAGAUUUUCUGCUUACACAGUCAAUGGGGCUUGGUCUGCUUGGCUGCCAUGGACACAGUGUAGCAGAGACUGCAGCCGAGGAAUUCGAAGUCGUAAACGAAUGUGCAAUAAUCCUGAGCCAAGGAAUGGAGGACUUCCCUGCCUAGGACAAUCUGUUGAAUACCAGGAGUGCAACAUCAUGCCUUGUCCAGUGGAUGGUGGCUGGUCCUGUUGGUCGUCUUGGUCCAAGUGCUCAGUUACUUGUGGAGGUGGACAUUACAUGAGGACUCGUUCCUGCAACAAUCCUGCACCUGCCUAUGGUGGAGACAUCUGUCUAGGUCUGCACACCGAAGAAGCAUUGUGCAACACACAUCCUUGUCCAGAUAACUGGUCAGAGUGGUCAUCAUGGUCGGAGUGUGAAGUAUCAGGUUCACAACGACGUACUCGCCAUUGUAAAAUAUUAUUUCCAGUGGGUUACCAGUGUUCUGAGAAUAGCAGUGAGAGCCGAGCCUGUACCUAUGACUCCAAUUUCAUCCCAGAGGUAUACAUUGCCAAAUCCAGUUCAGUGGAGAGAAGAUGUGGUGAAUUCAACAUGUUCCAUAUGAUUGCUGUGGGACUCAGUUGUUCCAUCUUAGGCUGUCUGCUAACAUUACUCGUAUACACUUACUGUCAGCGAUAUCAACGGCAGUCCCAUGAUGCCACUGUCAUCCAUCCAAUUUCUGCAGUUCCCCUCAACACAAGCAUCACGAACCAUGUCAAUAAACUUGAUAAAUACGAUUCUGUGGAAGCCAUUAAGGCCUUCAACAAAAAUAACUUGAUCCUUGAAGAACGAAAUAAAUACUUCAGCCCGCAUCUACAUCCAAAGUCUUUCUCCAACACCUAUUUCACAGACCUAAAUAUGUAUGAUGACUAUUAGAGUGGACAAUAUCUAAUUACAGACCGGACUACUAACUAAAGGACACCUUUUGAAUCUGGAAUGAAGAUGAGACCUAUACUUCCAUUCUUGCCUUUUGCUCAUCUAUAAUGUAAGCAUCAGGGCUACAGUAGAAAUGAUCCAGAAGAUGAUGAAUUCCGAGACAAAUUGGAACUAACUAGUUCUGUUCUGCAGUGGUAGAAGUGAGGGUGGCUCACCUUCCAUGAGAAUGAAAUAUAUUGUAAAGUGAGUAAAGAAAUGCAAAUAGUGCCUGUGAACACAACAUUCAUAGUUAAUGAAUUGUGUUUUUAGCAAGUCCUAUGAUGUAGCAGCAAGAACUAGAAGUAAUUCAUUGACUCUUUGGAAGAAAGCUAUAAUAAAUGGAAUAAGUUUUUGUGGUGCUCCCAUGAGAUUGUUGCAGGCUGUUUUGUAACAAUAUGAAUGUUCAGUUGUAUUGAAUGUUGCCCACUUCAUGCCAUUCCAAAAGCCCUGCCAGCUGCGACUUGUAGAUCAAUGUCUGUUAUAUUCAAUUUUUCCAAAAUAGUGAAAAAGCAGAUCUUAAAUAUGGCUGUGUUGCUAUUUCAUUUUACAUGAUCUAUUGUCUGUCUCAUUAUUGACCAGUUUAAAUUUAGUGUUUAAGAAUGCAGACAAUCAUGAAAAUAUUUUCCAUGUGAAACUCGCGCAACUGCAAAUAACUGACCGAAUAGUAUAAAUGGUUGACUAUGUACUUAGUUUAACAAGAUGGUCAGUUGACCCACUGACUGCAUUAAUAACUGUAAUGCUGAAUCUAAAAGUGACUUCUGUACAGUCCAUCUGCUGUAAAUAUUUGCAGCUUUGCUGUAUUUAGGCUAAUUAUCCUAUUUCUGGUUUGUGUGGAGAAUCCUAUGGUUGCAGAUUCAGAUUGCUUCUCACAACCAGUAUCUUCUGCAUGAGAUAUAUUACAGUAGUUGCAGAGUAAUUUUCUGCCUGAUUGUUUGUUGUGUUUUAUGGGGCUUCUGUCAGCUCUGUAUCAGAUGUGAGUUUUGUGUUUUACAUUAUAUUCAGUAUUAUGCUAAAUUUUUAGCAGAUGUACAACUAUUUGAUUCAGUUAACAAAUGAUUAUUUGUUUUUAGUAAGCUCAUAAUAGAAAACCAAGAUAACAUCAACUACUAUAUUGAACCCUUGACAGUUUGAGAAUACAAUACUAGCAAAGGGGGUUUAAUUUCCUCUAUUGCAGCUUGAAGCAUUCUAAUCAGAUUCCUUUGCACACUAUUUUAGUGUAAUCUGCGAUCUCAUUAGUAUAACUGGGUUAAAAAGUUUGUUAAAGUAUCUCUCAUAGAAUAUUUAUAUGAAAGCAUAAGUAGCAUGUUACCAGCUAGCAAACUCAAAGAUAUUUAUUGCAACUUGAACUGGUAAAUGUCAACGUCAUGCUUCCAGAUCAGAUCAGCAGUUGAAACAACGAGGGCUAGAAAUUGUCUUGUGUAGCAAAAUCUGUUAUGCACCGAGUGAAUUUCAUCUAAAACCUGAUCAUUGCACACAAUCAGUCAUUAGUAUGUGCAUAGCACACCCACAAUUUUGACCUGGGUUGCCCAUGUGGAUGAGGUGCAUAUGUGUGUGGGGUGGUGUCGAUCAGCUGCUUUGCACAUGUUGAUGUCACCAGCAUUAAAUUUGCAUAGACAAGGACCUCAAAUGGCACAGGCUAUUUACACCAAAUCAGGCCUUAUUUAUAGAUUUAAAAGGGACCAAUGCUUGCAUGCAUCUGUCACGUGAAGAAUUUCUAGCCCUGUAGUUUUUUGUCACUAUUACACAAACACACAAGGAAAAGAUUUGUGGAAGUCCUGAGAAUAACUAUUUUUCUCUCCAUAAUCAACAAUCCACCAAAAUAAAAAUCACACUUUAAGUUGAAAAAGUUACAACUUGAUCAUUAUAUAUGAUAAGCUAAAAGUUUAAAAAAAAUUGAGAACAAAGGCAAUAUGAAAUUAAAAUGGAAAAUGCUGGAAACACAUAAAUCAGGCAGCAUCUAUGGAGAGAAAAUCAAAGUUUAACAUUUCAGGUCAAGGAAAAGUCUGCACCUCCCAUUAAUUCCAGACCCCAUCCCACAUGUUUACAUGGAAUGUUAUUGACCUGAACCAUUAACUCUGUUUCUCUUUCCGCAGAUCUUGUUUAACUUGAAUAUUUCCAGCAAUUUCUGUUUUUUUUUCACCAUUUUUUAAAUUUCUACUUGAAUAUUUGAGGUGUAGCUCUUGACUGAAUGAAGUGUAUUUAAAAGAAAGCAUUGUGCAUUGUAUACAGCCUAAUUUAUCUGUUUUGACAUUUUAUAUAGGGAUGGUUUAUAAUAGCAUCAUUAAAUACCAUAAUACAAAACCAAAAAACCUUUUGACUAUAAAUUUUACAGAGUAGUAUUCAUGCCUGACUUUGUGUGAUUCAGAGAUUUAUUAGAGGGUGGCCACUGAGUUUAAUGUAACCUGCACAAUGUUUGUUAAUGAUGGUUAAUUGUGCAGUGUGCAAUGAAUACUUCCUUUAGUUCUCAGUAUGUGUCUUCAGGCCUCUGUGGACAGUGCAGAGAGAUGAAAGUUAGAUGCCUGUCAUUAGGAGAAUGAACAAUGAUAGCAGCAUUUUUAUGGAAAGCAACAUUUAAUUUAAAUAAUGUGAAUCCUGGCCCUCACCAUUGGUCUAGUAACUGGAACGCAGUAUCAAUGGUAGCAGAAAGGAUAACUGAGUGAAUUUUAUAACGAUGGCCAAUCUGCCACUGCCAACUCAGUGACAAAUUCACCAUUUACCUCAGUACUUCUAUAUUGCUUUUAUUAAUGCCAGUGAUUUUUAAUGUUUAAUUGGAGUAAAAUUAAAUAUACUCAGCACUUCAUAUGAACAUUGACUAUACCAAGUAAUCACACUUUGGUGCUACAUUUGUUCCAACUGGCCUAAAUAAAACCACAGUAAUCACUAGCAUGCCCACUCAGAGUUCUAACUAGCUCACUCCCACAUUGCGUGGAUGAUAAGGUCAUGUUGAAACCCUACUUUCAAUAGGUUAGUGGAAUGCAAAGCAGCCAUAUCCCUUUGUCAGAACUCUAUACUUCACAGAACAGUACAUAGAACAGGAACAGGCCCUUCGGCCCACAAUGUGCCAAAGUAAUUAAACUAGUAAUUAAAUGCCUAACUAAACUAGUUCCUUCUGCCUACACAAUGUCCAUAUCCCCCCCCUACCAUGGGGGUCUUUAUCAAACACCUUACUAAAAUCCACGUAGACAACAUCCACAGCUCUAUCGUCAUCGAUCACCUUCGUCACCUCCUUGAAAAACUCAAUCAAGUUAGUAAGACAUGACUUGCCCUGCACAAAGCCAUGCUGACUGGUUUUCCAAAUGGUCAUAAAUCCUAUCCCUUAGAAUCCUCUCAGUAGCUUCCCUAACACUGACGUGAGACUCACCGGACUAUAGUUUUUAGGAUUUUCCCUAUUUCCCUUCGUGAACAAAGGAACAACAUUAGCUACUCGCCAGUCCUCCUGGGACCUCACCUGCGGCUAGAGAGGACAUGAAGAUCUUGGUCAAGGCCCCAGCAAUCUCGCCUCUUGUCUCUCUCAAUGACCCGGGGUGUAUCCCUCCAGGCCCUGGGGACUUAUCCACCUUAAUGUUUUUUUUGAGAGACCCAACAUUUCCUCUUCCUUUAUUUCAAAAUGACAUGGCAUAUUAGCACUUCAGCUUCAGAUAGGCCUGUUUCUCAAAUGCAUAAUGAGCUGUCAUUUUCUCAGACUGUUACAGAGGUAGAGCACUCGUGAACAGAUAUUAUUGUAAAAUUAAAACUGUCCUUUCAUGAAAAAAGGAUGAGCAAAAAUAAUGAGAAGUUCAUACCAAUGAUCACUGCACUUUUUUUCCCAGAUCCUAUACAGAAGUACAAGAACACCUCUAAAAAAGACACUUAAUUUCAGUCAUGAAGGUAGUCUUCUGUGGCAGACUUGCAGUGCUCUUUUAGAGCACCCUAUAAUGGUAUUCAUGGGAUAAGUCUAUGAUCAAGUAAUCUUUGUUUUUAAUAUGAUUUGCAUGGAAAAAGUUUGCUGAUUCGGUGUGAUGCCCCGCACUGAGCACUACUUGGCACCUGUUGUUUGGAGAAAGACCAUGCAAAGUGAUGCAAUACACUACAAUCCCACCUGAUUGAGGGAGUUAAAGCAGGGAGAAGUUAAGGGGAGAAACUGGGUAAGGAAAAAUUAUUGACUUUGCUAUGUACAGAUGCCCACUGGAACUUGUAAAGAAUGCUCCUUGGGUUGAUGGAACUUUUGCUGGAAAACGUUAAAUGGAUUGCCCAAUGGAGUGUGAUUUGUUGAUUUGUUGCUGUGUAUUAUGUAAAAUGUAUGCAAUGUAUUUCAGCACAAUCUCAUUGUAAAAUAAUUGUAUUAUAUUUUUGUAUUUUAGCUAAAUGUAAAUAAUGUUUCUUGAACGGAACCACG